AUGGAAAUUUAAGAUAAAAGAAUAAAAUUUUAUAAACAGAAUAAUGUUUACAUUAAUUUUUGCGAUUUAUCGUAAUAAUGCUAUCAACAUUAAAUAAAAUAUUAUUAGAUUCUAAUUUUAUAGAUAUAUUCUCACAGAGCUAUUAUCCUUGUGAAUGAUAUAUUUUUAGUUACAUCAUUGAUUUACAAAUAAAAAAAUUUUCAUUAUAAAGUUAAAACAAUGAACUAGGCACAAUUAUUGGAACUAUUCCAAAUUGUGGUUCUUUAUAGAUUAUUGCUAAUUCUUCUUAUUAAGAUGGAGUUUUGGUGCAAUAAUUUACAUAAAAUAACUUUAGUUAAUUUGUAGUUGGAGUUUAUUAUUUGAUUAAUCUCUUGGAUGAAAAUUUGAUCCAACCCAUUUUGAUGCAAGGUUCAAUUAAUACUACAAACCCAAAUUAUGCAAUGAUUAUAAAUAAAAAUACAGUGAACGGACCAACAAACAAUAUUUUUUUUUAUUUUGAAAUAGAAUUUUAUUUUAAUUAGAAAACAUUCUAAUUCCUAAACUAUAUCAAAAUGGAACUUCACUAUACUUUGCAUUAACUUUAUUUGGAAUAUCACAUGUAUUUUAAAUAGCCACACAUAGCAUGA